AUGGCGGUGUCUUGGGCACAAUCCAAGGUUGAUCGCUUCGAGGAGAAGAUCACGGGAUCUAACCUCGGGCCCGGAGACUAUGACCCCUGCCUGCCGAGGUCUCAGGGGAUGGCCGGUGCCGUCAGCCUCGGCUUCACGUCCACGAAGGGCAUGGCGCCGCUGGAUCGCGAGCAAAACAACCCCACAACGACGGAGGAAAAUCUCAGCGUGCCUGCGCCGACCUCCAAGCAGCCCACGAGUACGUGCGGCUUCGGGCGCCCUCGCCCGGCCCUGAACGUCGGUGCGUCGAGGCUAGAGAAGGUCAAGGCGGAGCAGCAGGAGAAGCAACUGGUUCGGCUGGAGAUGGAAAGAGAGAAGCUCCAAGACGAGGUCAAGACGCUUAGGUCUCUGCAGGGAGCGCUGGCGAAGAGCGAGAGGCAUGCUCGAGCCGAGUCGGCAAAGGUGGUCAAGCGCGCCCAGGCAGCCGAGCGCAAGGCCGCAACAGUCAUCGCCGACGCCGGCCGUCUCGAGGAAGCCGAGGCGGCGGCGUCCCGACUGGCCGCGGAGGUGGCCGCGGCCGCGCUCGAGGCGGAGCGGGCGGAAGCCGCCCUCGACGACCUCCGGCAGCAGAAGGAGGAGCUCGCCUCUCACGCGAAGGACCUGGAGGACAGGAUUGACGAGCUCGUCAAGGCGAAGGCGGAGAUCGAGUUCCAGGCGAGCGAGGCCCAGACGCGUGAGGAGGCGCUGCUGCGGGACAAGGACGACCUGCGUGCCGCAAACGACGUCAGCGAGGCCCGGCUCCGGGAAGCUCAAGCCGCCUCGGAGGCGAGCUCCGCCGCGGCGGAGGAGGCCACCCGGAGGGCCGAGUCGGCGGGCGUCGAGCUCGCCGCAGCCAGGGAAAGGGCGGACGAGCUGACGGCGCUGUCGGCCCGUCUGGAGGUCGAGCUCGUCGGUCGCGCGGAAGAGCUGCGCGAGAGCGAGGACGGCAACGCCGCGCUCCGCCGGGAGGUGGCCGCGCUGCGCGGGGAGGGGGAGGCUCUCGCGGCCCGCGCGGGGAGGCUGGAGGCCGAGCUCGCCGACGCGAGGCGGGGGCUCGAGGGCGCCGCCCAGGAGGCCGAGGCGAAGGCGGCGGAGCUGUCUGAGGCAGAGGCGGGAUUCGCCGUACUCCACGAGAGCCUGAGAGGCGUCGAGGCCGAGCUGGAGGCAUCGUCGUCCGCCAGGGCAGAGCUGGAGAAGGCCCUGUCCGAAGAACGGGCCGGCGGCGCGGCCCUGCGCCAGGAGCUGGAGUCCACGAAGGAGGCGCUAGCCGCGGCCGAGGGCGUGGGCGCCUCGCUGGAGGAGCGGCUCGAGGCCAGCGAGCGGGGCGCCCAGCGCCUUGCCCGGGAGCUGGAGGGGGCGGAGAAGGGCCUCGAGUCGGCCCGGGAGAGCGUGGCGUGCCUGGAGGGGGCCGUCGCCCAGGGCGCCGCGGACGCCGAGAGCCUCCGGCAGCGGCUCGGGGACGCCCUCGCGGAGGGGGUAGAGUACGCGGACCAGCACACCCGGGCGGAGGAGCGGCUCCGCAGCAGCGAGGCCGACUGCGCGGCGCUCUGGGAGGAGCGCGAGGAGGUCAAGGCGAGGCUGUGCGCGGCGUUCGUGGAAGGGAGGGCGCUCGAGGAGAAGCUGGACGAGAGCGUCGCGGGGUCGGAGCGGCUGCGCGAGGAGCUGGGAAGGGCGGAGGCCCGGCUGGCGGCAGCGGCGAGGGAGGCGGAGGAGGCGGGGGAAGAGCUGAGCGCCAGCCGCCGGGAGGCCGCCUCCACGAAGGAGGAGCUCGAGAAGAUGACAAACAUGUGGGUGGAUUGGUUUGCGACGGCCUCCUCCGAAGCCCGGGUCCUCAAGGCGUCCGGCGCCGACGUCAACGCGGAGAUGUCGCGCCUCCGGGCCGAGCUCGAGGGCAAGGAGUCCCGCCUCGCCGAGUGCGCCGCGCGGGAGGAGGGCCUAAGGGAGGACCUAGCCUCGAGCGAAGGCCUGCGGGGCGCGGCCAAGGUCGAGCUAGCCGCGGCGCAGAAGGCGCUGAACACGGGGGCGGAGGACUUCGUGGCGCUAGAGCGGAGGCUCUGCGAGGCCGAGAUGACGUGCGAGCGGCUGAGGUCUGGCGUGGAGACGACGGAGUUGGAGAUGUUCGAGGCGCGACAGGACCUCGAGGGGGCCCUCCGCACCAACACGGAGCUGCAGGAGAGGAUCGCCGCCGCCGAUGGCCGCCUCGCGGCCGCCUCCUCGAACCUCCGGAGGCUCGAGGCCCGACUGUCGGAGACCUCCGCCGGCGGCGCCGCCCUCCAGAAGUCGCUGCGGCGGGCGGAGGCCGGCCGCGCAGCGGCCGCCGCCGCCGCCGCCAGCUACCGGGACCGGCAAGAAGAGGACGCGGCGGAGGUCGCUCGCCUGACGGAGCGGCUCGCGGCGAGCGAUGCGGGGGCGGCGGCGCUUGGGGAGUCGCUGGCGGAGGCGGCGGCGGGGCGCGGGGCGGCGGCCGCGCGGGCCGACCGGCUGCAGGCGGAGGCCGACGGGGUGGCCGAGGAGUGCGCCGCUCUGCGGGAGGAGGGACGGGCUGCCGCGGCGAGGUGUGAAGAGGCGGAGGCGGUGAGGGAGGGGCUGGAGAGAACAGUGGGCGAACUGGGGUCCGAGGUGGAAGGGCUGCGGGCAGCGGUGGUCGAGAAGGAGGCUUGCCUGGAGAAGGCCUCGGUCGCCGCCGAGGGGCACCGCGCCGAGGCCGCCCGCCGUGAAGCAGAAUUCGUCGGGCUGCGCAGGGCGCUGGAGGAUGUCGAGGCCGACCACUCCGCCAAGAACGGGGAGGGGUCGAAGCUUGGGCGGGGGUUGGCGGACACCUACGGUAUCGGGGCGGCGCUGGGAGAGAAGCUGAUCUCGUUGGUCGAGGAGAAGAAAGACGUCCAGGGGAAGCUGGAAGCGGCGGAGGGGGCGCUUUCGUCGUCGGAGGCAGACAGGGAGCGGCUCAAGUUAGAGGUGGAAGCUAACGAGUCGGCGGUCGAGGGGCUGAGGGGCGAGAUCGACGAGACCCGCCUGGAGUGCGAGGCUCUGCAGAAGCCAUCGUGGGAAGGAAGCCAAGCUAAGCCUCACGCACCCCCCUCCUGCGCUGCCGCGAUCGUCCACUUCUCUGUUGUUUCCCAGGAGGUGGAGCGGCUGAAGGAAGGCGGCGAGGCUCAGGCGGCCGGCGCGAAGGCCAUGCUGAAGGAGAGCCACGCCAGAGAGGAGGAGGCGGUAGCUCGCUUGCAGCUGCUCGAAACCUCGUCCGCGCGCGAUGUUGCUCUCGCCAAGUAUGAGGCUGAGUGCGCGAUGUCCAAGCUCGAGGAAGCCUCGGCGGAGAUGACGGAGCUGAAAGCGAAUUGCGAGGGAAUGGGGCGGCUUACGCGAAACGUUCUAGAAGAAACACGACCAUCUCGGAACACCAUCAAGACCUUGGAGGCGCACGGUGGUUAG